AUGGUGACUCCACUGUCAGGGGUCCCCUAUGUGGCGAGCCCGUCGCCAUCCGCGAACAAUAGUACGGCGAAUUUUGCCGCUUCUACAGCUUCCGUAUCCCAUCAUCCAUGGAGCACCCAUAGUGCGGUGGUGAACGGGAUUUCAUCCAGCCCUCUCUCUCUUAGCUCCGUACCUUGGGUGUCUGCCCCUGUGGCACCAUCACCGGUAUUAGUAGACGCGCAAGGCACUGGUAGUCCUGCGACGGCACUUGCAACUCGAGCAGUCGAGAGGGCUGCGCCGUCGAAUGGAGUCUCGAGCGUGGCCACCGACGGUCUCAGCACCAGUUCGCCGUCUUCAGGCUUCAAUCUAGGAAACAACUCGCCUCCACACUUCCCGCUGGCGACGGGGUUCGCGGCGUACGUGGCUGCGGCUCCACUGGGUGCGGAGGAACUCACUGGCGCCGCAACGAGAAAAUGGAGGGCGGUUAGUGAGUCGCCACUGGGUUCCGCUGCACGGCAGCAGCCAUCUCCGCAUCAUGGCAACUCCCUCGCUCCCCAAGACCCGCGGAUACCCUCACAGGAAGGCCUCGCGGCCACCCUGCCCUUCGCGGCGCACGACGCAGGCUACACGCCCGGCUCCGCAAACCGCAAGCGGGCUGUGGAUACAUCCACGACGGAAGGCGGCGCGGCGAGCUUCCUCUCCAUUACGACAAGUAACGCUACAGCAACAAUGACCUCCGACGUAGCGCGGCCUCAUUCGUCCACGCCAGGCACCCACAGCAGUGUGGGUGCCGAAUCCCCGCCAACCUCGAUUGCCGCUCGCAAUAACGGUGAAGUGAAAGGCGAGGUCAACUGCGAGGAACCUGUGCAGACCACCAACACCAACGCCGAAGACUGGUUGCAGAUGCAGUUGAGCAGCGACGGCAGCGCCCUGGACCAGUGCAACUCAGCGAUUCUGCCGCUGCCCCGGCUGCAACUCAUCGACUCAAAGAAUCGCAACACGUUGGAAACCCCCACCUGUCCUGUCGACGGUAGCAGAGAUGCUGGCGGCAUUCCUGUCGUCAGCGUGGGGUCGCCCACCACUCACCCUAACCCCAUCGCGAACGACUACAUCAGCUUCCGCAGCGACAACAGUAGUCCUUUGUCGUCGCUUGCAAAGUCAAGCGUGGGAGAAUGCGAAAUGGACUACCGGCGAGGAAGUGCAGCAGCGACGGUGCACGAGGCGCAACUGAGCACCUCGUGUGACGCCGAGCGUGUCAGCAGCUCGCGCGUCGGUAGGCUCACUGCACAGAGUGAGGCAUUGGUCUCUUCUGCUACUGGUACGCAAUCCUCUCCUUCUCGCCAACCGGGUGCUUCGGCUGCUGGGGCGCUGAUGUGCAAAGCCACCGCUGCGCACCAGCUCUCCAGCACCUCCGCUCCCGACGCCUGGGCCGUGCCGCUGUCAGCCAACAUGGCCCCGGAGCAAAAUUCAGAGCCGUGCUCCUUCACCCACCAGCGGCCGUCUGGUUAUCGCACGAGUGGUUCAAACGACGAAAAUGGGAAGCCUGGGCACGACGCCGCUGCAACAACGCAUUCACCCAGUGCUGUUGCAACAGUCACUGCCGCGCGGCCUCUCUCACCUGCCCUUUCCCCUUGUGAUAAGAAAAGCGACACUCCUGUCGUGCUAACGGAGUGGAGCAUAGACUCACUACCCACGUCUGCCUGCACGCGCCGCGUCCCAGAGAGUAAAGAUGACGAUAAAUAUGUCAGCGGCCACGCGACGAUGCUAGCCCCCACCUCCGUGACCUCCUCGAGGUUGCAAUUUCAGUCAGCAGGGAGCAUGAACUACGAUGAGGCCUCCGAGAUUCUAAUGGAGCCGUGCUCCAUAAACUCCCCUCUUCGCAAAGAAGCCUCCAGCAGCAUGAUCGUCUCGGGCGCUAGGAAAGGGGGUGGUGCUGGUAGUGCCAACGGUAUCGAAAGUAACCUCUUGGGCACCUCACAACCGCUUUCCGCGCAGCGGCGGACGUGCGCGGACGCGAUGACUUCCACACCCGCUGCCAACCCCGCCACCCGUCUGUCCCUCAGCGAAUCUGGUGUGCAAGAAAAAGCCGGCGACUUGUCGGGUUUCACUUCAACUCGCGCGUCAUCAGAUGGAUUGCCACCGACCUCCACGUGGACGGCCGCGGCGAGUGGCAACCGACCGAUUCCCGGCGCCGCAGAGCAGCAGCCGCAGCGGGACUCCGUCGUGCCGGAUAAUGGCGUUAGUUCCGCUUCGCGCUCGCUGCACAGGGACACAGGGCAACUCAGCGUCGACUCCGGCGACGGUAACGGCUUGCUGAACACUCCGCAGGGGUUUGACAGAUCGUUUUUGGUAGACUCGUCCACAGCGCUCGCACAGCAGCAACCCCGUUACGUCGUGGUGGACGGCGUAGUGGCCGAAAACGACGACAUGUGGGGUGAGCUAACAUCAUCUGCGCCAGCACCCGCAGCGCAUCCACCAGCCAAACAAACCGUGGACGCACUGACGCAACACGUCACCUUCGCCUCCCCGGCUACGACGCUCUUUGUGGAGCCGCCUCCGUCAUCGUGGGCGGACAGGGAGUACUUCUCGCCUGACUAUGCUCGCAUGGAAUACAAAGACAGCGAGGAUGGGAGCCCGUCAGAGCAGCAGCAGCAGCAGCUCGCUGAUGUGCCCCUCGUGAAUGAAGAAGAAGAUGAGGUGCUACGGAGCGUUCCUCGCUUUCGCUUUCGGCACGGAAGCGUCCGCGCGCAGGCGCUAUCCCCGCUGCCUGGUGUCGCGGUGCAGCUCAGAGCCCCUGCUUGGGAGGCCUGGUCAUGUGGAAGCAGCGGCAUGCGGCGCAAGAUGAGUGCGGUGGACAGCGACGAAGUUGCACGUACGGAGUCGUGCGCGACGCAUACGCAGCAGCAGGCGGAACCGACCGAGCUAGUGCCCCCGCAAGGAAGUGAAGAGACAGCGGAGACAGGAUCUGCCACCGCAGGGAAGGCACAGCGCGUUUUCUUCACAAAAGAGCUGCUGGCGUCUCGUGCAGCGCUGAUGCAGUCUCGGCGUACCGGUGUGCAAGCUGCAGGCUCCACCAACGAUGCCACUGCAGCAACCGCAUCACGUUUGCUCCCUGGGCCAGAAGCGUCCUCGGUGUCUCUUCUUCGACCUCCUCCGGCGGCUACCGGCAGCAGUGGUGAUGACGGCGGCUCCGCACUUCGCAUCCACCUUGCUCCCCCUUCGGCUGCUGCCAACACCAUUUCCCUCGCUCUGCCUGGCUUUGCCGCGCCCGUGACAUCUACGCCAACUGCGACUCGGCACGACAACAAGGUGACUCAGGCGUCAUCCUCUCCCUCACCUGAUCAGAAAGACGCUUUCAGAGAUGCCGACGGCAAUGAUGGUUUUGGCGAGUGGGUCCAGCCGCCGCGGCGCGCGGCCUCGGAGUGCCCACUGCCUGAAACAGUAGCAUCACCGAACGCCCCUCAGGUGUUGACGAGGGAGCGGUGUACACAGCUUCUUGCUUCCCUUGGAAGAGAAAGCGCACUGGUGAUGCAAUCAGCGGCGUCAUGUGAAGUUGACACGGUGCGCGUCGAGGACGUGCUGCGCAACGUCUUCGGCGACAGAGCUGCCGUGUCUGACUCGCUGCAUGGCAAGCCUCCACCAGAUGCGUCGCCGGAGCCGAUCUCGGCAGAUGGCGCGUCCCCAGACGAUCCCUUGGCUCCUGCUGAGUCGCUAUCUACCAUGAAGCGCGUCUUGGAGGCGCUGUCUUUCACCUCUCUCACGAGCCGUGUCCCCGAAGUCAGUCCGACAAGCAACGGUGCAGUUGUGCCACCGAUACUAUUUGACCCGCACAUGGGCGGGCAGUCCUUUGCAGCCAGCGCUGGUAUCGCAUAUCUUGCUGGAGCAUCUGCAUCGACGGACGGAAAGGGUCCGGUACAGGCGGAGGGCAGAACCGCUCCAAGUGCGUCGGCGGAGAUGGCGGCACUGCAGGAGGUCGAUGUCAAAGACGGCGAAGAUGCGAGUGUGCUGCUGACGCGAGAACGUCUCUUCCCCUUGAGCGCGCAUGGCGCUAGUUCUCUCCGUAGGGACACGGCAAUGCUGUCGGUGGCGUCGUUUCUGGGAAGUCGACGCCUACCAGACGCUCUCACCGAAGCGCAGUGGACGGAGAGGGACGUCCUCCUGGCGGUGCUGCAGGAAGAGUGCCGUAUGGCACAAGAGAACAGUGCCGCAGAGACGGAGUGUCUUCAAGAUGUACUGAAGACCGUGUGCUCGUGA